GACGCCCCCGUUGUUCCGCCCAGCGGCUCUGGCUGGCCGUUGGGCCGUUGGGCGUUGCUCCGACUGUGCGCACAGGGCAGCCCGCCGGCGAGGGGCCCAUGUGGGGCUUCAGGCUCCUCCGCGCCCCGCCACCGCUGCUCCGGCCUCCGCCGCUCGCCAUCGGAGACGCCGCGCGCCGCCCGCAGGCGGGAGCCAUGGACCCGGGCGGCGUCGGGGCGCGCGGCUUGCGGGCGACCGAGGGGCUCCACCUGCAGCUGUGCGCCGUACCCGGCGCCGACCCGCAGCGCAGCAACGAGCUGCUCCUGCUGACGACCCCGACGCGGGGCCGCCCCGGGGACCCGGCGGGCGAGCAGCACCACGUGCUGUACUUCCCCGGCGACGUGCAGAAUUACCAUGAGGUUAUGACUCAUCAUCCUGAGAAUCAUCAGUGGGAAAACUGGAGUCUAGAAAACGUUGCCACCAUUCUAGCCCAGCGGUUUCCCAAUAGUUACAUCUGGGUGAUAAAGUGCUCUCGAAUGCAUUUGCACAAGUUCAGCUGCUAUGACAACUUUGUGAAAAGCAACAUGUUUGGUGCCCCAGAACACAACACUGACUUCGGAGCUUUCAAGCACCUUUAUACGUUAUUAGUCAAUGCUUUUAACUUAAGUCAGAAUGGUGUGCUAUCAGAGAAUGGAAAUGUUUGGAAUAAGGACUCCAAAGCAUCUAACUGUAAGUCUAAUUCUCCUUCUGCUAGCAGUGGCUGCCAAGGAGAAAAGAAAAGGGCCUGUGAGAAGUCGGAUGAGUCUGCCAUGGGUUCUUAUCCACCAUCACUAAAUGGUGCAUCUUUUACCUUGAUUGGAUUUAGUAAAGGAUGUGUUGUUUUGAAUCAGUUGCUUUUUGAAUUGAAAGAAGCCAAGAAAGACAAGAACAUAGAUGCUUUCAUUAAGAGCAUAAGAAGAAUGUAUUGGCUAGAUGGUGGUCAUUCUGGAGGAAGCAAUACGUGGAUUACAUAUCCAGAAGUCUUGAAAGAAUUUGCACAAACGGGUAUUAUUGUUCACACUCAUGUAACACCUUACCAAGUCCAAGACCCAAUGAGAUCUUGGAUUGGAAAGGAGCACAAGAAAUUUGUCCAGCUACUUGAAGAUUUUGGUAUGCAGGUGACAAGCCGGAUUCAUUUUGCAAAAGAAGCUCCUUCUAUAGAGAAUCACUUCAGGGUUCACGAAGUAUUUUGAGAAUACAAGAGUAUUAAUGUACUUGUUCAGAGGAAGAGCAGAAGCACCUUGUUACAAGUUCAGAUGAGGUGUAUGACGGAAUUCCUAGAUGCAGUGUCAGAUUGGGGGCUGAGGAAAUACACAUUCCUAAACUAUGCGUGUAAUGUGUAAUAGUAUCCUUGCUUGUGAAUGUGAGCAGUUUGCAAUUUGGAUUGGGCUAGAAUUACCAGUUAAUUUUAUGAAGAGAUACAACACCCUUAAAAAUGAAAGUUAACAAUAUAAUUCCUUUUAAAGGUAACAAAUUGUUGGAAAUAGUUGAUUUAUGAGUUAUGUUUCGGAGUUAUGUUUAAACUAAUGGUGAAUUAUAAUAAUAAUUAGCUGUUUUGGCACCCCAAACGAAUGGAAACACUUCAUUUCUCUCAAAGGUACCCAGAUGUUUUCAAGUAUUUUGGAAUAACUAUAUCCUGCCUUUUGUUUCAUAAACUCAUGGAUUUGUGUGUGUGUUUGUGUGUGUGUGUAUACGCAUGUGUGCGUGCACGUGUUUAGUACCCAGGGUUAUGCUCAUGCCAACCAAGCAGCAUUCUAUACCCUCAGCCCUGGUUUCAUUCUUAGAGUGCCACCAAGCUGUUUUUCGUUUUCUUUUUCCUUGAGAAUCAAAAUAUGUUGUUUCCAAAUGCCCAAGAACAUGUAAUAGUAUAAAAUUGGUUUUUAAAAAUAUUUUACAUUUAAGUAUUGUGGCUUAAUUUUUGAGUUUUUGUUUAUCCAGUUGUUCCUGAAAAUUGGUUAAGUAAAAGUAUAUAUAUUGGAUAAAAAUAUAUUACAGAACACAUUUCAAGUUUUCAUUGUAUCACUGUUUUAGAAAGAAUCAACUCAGGUUAAAUAAAUAUAUAAUGCUCUGUUAAUGCUCUAUUGCAAAGGAGAUAGAUUCCAAGGAUCUAAAUCAGUUUUUCCAGCAUGAUUUUGUCUGCCAAAAGAAAAGAGCUCUGUUUGGCUAAAAUGCAAAAUUACAUUGCUGUAAGAAAAGUUACAAGGGAAAGUUUGAAGGCACAAAUGAUUUUAAUUUUGGCUCAGAAAUCGAAUUUGCUUAUCACUGCUACAUGAUUUGGGUGAAGUUUCCUUCUGCCUGGUUUUGUUGACCUAGAUAAAUACAACUUGAGAAACCAGUUUCAGCCAAGCCCAAAACAUAGCUGUGUAAUUAUCAAAGGAAUCUCUUUUUUAUACUUUAUUAAUAAUUAGCUUUUGCAGGUCGUAAAAUAAGCAGAGAAAUAGCAUGCUGCUUUAGGACUAAAAAAAAAUAAGACACAAAAGACUCGUGAGUCUUAAUGACCCAGAGGACCUAAAUUUACUAAACAAUAGAGAAUAAAAAUGUUAAUUUUUUGGUUUAUCUUAAUAACUAUAAAUUCAUUCCAAGUAUUUAGAAACAUGAGAAGGGCUUUUUAACCAGAUGCUUAAGAAUGAGCAUUUAAUUCUAUAAACUACAAAAAUGUGGUUUUAUAUUGACCCAUUUUCUUUAAAUACCUGCUUUUUCUUUUGAGUCCAAAGAUUCUCAUCACAUAACAAAGUCUUCAUGAUUCUAACAUGUUACAGAUAACCUUGCCUUUAAGCAUGAUUGGAUGGUUUUCUUCAGUUGAGGAUGUAGCUCAAGGGCAGAGCGCCUGCCUAGAGGGCGUGAAGCCCUGUGUUAGAUCCCUAGCACCCCCACACACCUCCCAGUUGACAGAUGUCUAGGGAAAGGCUUUUAUUUUUGUAGGGUAAACUGAAAUGAGAAGUUAGAGGACUUUUAACAGAAUCCAUUUUUUAAAAUCUGAGCUAUUUAAAAAUGUUGAGUUCUUUAGCCAUCCAGUCAUGUGAAUGCUUUAUUACAACUGUUAUAUGUUGAAUGGAUAUUAGUAAUCAUGGGUAUGUAGAACUGUCAUCACAUCAAAAUGAGACAAUGUUUAAAGGGAGGAAUAUUUUCAUAAUGAAAAUAUAUUCAAGUCACUCCAAAUUCCAGUGGUUUGGGUUUACUUCAGAUAAGUCCUUUCUGUGUCUGUUCUAAACUGUGAUUGUGAAUGUUGUGCAUCCUCUUAGAUUGUGCCUUCAUAAGUCAGUUGAAAAAAGUCGUAAGAAUAAUGUGAAAAUUGUUACCGCCACAGCAUGAAUGUAUAAUUGUAUUAAAACCUAUAGAAGUGUU